AUGCCGAGGACGAAGGGGAGCAACCGGGUAACGAAACAACAAGUUGUCGAUCGCCAUGCCUAUCUCCACGCUUCUCAUAGGCGAGGUGAGCAUGAUGAGGAUGUUUCGAGUUCUCGGAAGCGACCUCGGAAGGGAGCUACGAAGGGAUCUAAGAAGGGAGCUAAGAGGGCUGCUUCACAGCGGGGAGACCCGACUCCGGAGGUUCCUCCCCUCCUUACUCCUCAGCCUUCUCCUCAGCAGACUCUUGAGGUUCCUCCCCUCCCUACUCCUCAGCCUUCUAUUCAGCAGACUCCUGAGGUUCCUCCCCUCCCUACUCCUCAGCCUUCUCCUCAGCAGACUCAUGAGGUUCCUCCCUUCCCUACUCCUCAGCCUUCCCGACAGCCAACUAUUGAGAUUCCUCCCCUCCCUACUCAUGUGCCACCUCCUGUGCCGACUCCUCAGCCUUCUACUCACCCGACUCCUCAACCGACUGAUCAGCCUUCCCCUCUCCCGACUUCUCAGCGCUCCGCCGUGCAGGAGUCCGGCAUUGAGUCUAGGUCAGGCAGUGAGUUUGGGUCUGGCAGUGAGUCUAUGUCUGACAGUGGUAGCGAGUCAGAGGAUGUUGCUGUAGAGGUGGAGGCUCCCCAGGUUAAGACGACGCUGACGAUCCACAAACAGCCACCGUUUGCUGGCGGGCCGCUUGAGCUGUCUCUCUUACACCGUUACCCGGACCACAUAGCGUCGUGGACGUGGCAUUCCAGUUUAGGCACCACUGACGAUCGUUAUGAGGACCGACUUGAGUUGAAGGUGUCCAAUGUUGGGUUAAAGCUGGCGAAUAUGCCAUUGGAGGGCGAUGCUCAUAGGGAUGUACUGACACUUGUGGAGGCGACCGGACUGCUUCAUCUCGUCAGGUCCAGUUAUCAGGAGACAGACUCUGGACUUGUCUCGGCCCUUGUGGAGAGGUGGCACGAGGAGACCAGCAGCUUCCAUAUGUCGUUCGGGGAGAUGACUGUCACCCUGGACGACGUGUCGGCCCUUCUUCAUCUCCCGACCAGUGGGAGGUUCUAUACUCCGGCAGCCCUUAGUAGACUUGAGAUGGCUGAGACCUGCGUGCGGUUGUUGGGGGGGCAUGUGGGGUUUUGA